UGUGAAAACCACGUUUUCAAUUUUAUUCAUUCAUUGUUUCAUUCAUUCAUUACAGUGCAAGCAACAAACAAAAGUUAUCUUUUUUUUAUAACAGGUUUUCCCGCAUGCAUCUCCAUUCAAUUACAGUCGGGAGACUAUCACAGCACAUUUUCAUUCACCAGUGGUUAGCUUACCAGAUGUGCAGACCAGCCCAAACAAACGUCGUGUUGCUGUAAAAGCUAAAGUCAAAGAAAUCAAAGAUAUGGUUGUAGGACCACACUACAAAAGAAGCUUGGUAGUUCUAACAGAUGGGUUUGAUAGAACAGUAGAAAUGAAGUUGUGGGGCAAACAUGCCGAAAGUUGUACCCUCACUGCCAAUGAGGUUGUUUUAGCCAAACCACUAGAAGUCAGUUUGUUUAACAAGAACAAGCCAAGUCUGGAUACCACUCAAGAUACCUCUAUAGAGAUAGAAGACAUGAAUCAAGAUGAAAACCCAAAACCCGAAAAUGUUAAAGUCAUUGCAUUUACUGACAAUGAAAUACUUACUGAAGAUGGCUGUGCAUUGAAAAAUGAUUUGCCGUUCUCGGUGAAACUGACCAUCACUGGAAAUGCAAUUACCGAAGUUCAUGAAGAUUAAGAAGCACUGUAAGUUUAACUUUUGGUAAAAAAGUUGUUAUUGUUUAUUUCGUAAUAAUUUUGAGACCUUGCAAAGAAAACACACCAUUGGACACUAAAAAUCUAAUGAGCCACAACAAAAAAUGUUCAUAUUUAAGUUACUAGUGAGUUGGUUUAUUAAUCGUUUCUGCAUAGUUGUUUACCAAACAAAUGUAAUGUUUUAUUUUUCGUUAGUUUUCACAGGGAAGCCAUAGAACUGUUAUUACAAACCUUAUUGGUCCCUUGAAGAGCUGCAACAAAAAUGGCAGAUCAAAUUUUUUUGGCGAUGUUUUUGAUCUGAAUAUUACAAGUAAAUAAAACUUGUUACAUUGUUGUAUUCUGAACAUAAGUAAAUAACUGUUGCUACAUUGUUCUAUUUCCGAACAUUACAAGUAAAUAACACUUGUUACAUUGCAUUUCCGAAC